GAGAACAACGUGGCGUGGCGUGUUUCCAUCGCGGAUAGUGGGUCAUGUUUAGGACAUUAACACAUUCCAUUUGGUGUCAUGAGAGUUCUGUUUUUAACUAGCCUUUGUCCAAAGACUGGGAACUGUACCACUGCCGAAAGAAUAAGGUGUCACGUCGAGGCUGCAGGUCACGAAUGCAUUCUCCGCAACUCCGCAGACUUCAAAGAAAAGUCUGAUGUCACCGCCCUCCUGGCACGGGAGCCUGGGAUUGAUGCUGCCCUUGCCAUUCACCUGUACAAGGGAGGAAGGCAUCUUCUUGAUCUCCACGUCCCCUUUGGCGUUGUCUUUGGGGGGACGGAUGUCAAUGAAGAUGUGAAAGACGAGAAGAAGCGAGCAGUGAUGGAGCGGGUGCUGAAGAGAGCCAGGUUCGGGGUGGCCUUCACGCAGCAGAUGAAGGCGGAUGCGGAGAGUCUCUUGAUGUCUGAGAGCAGUAAGAUCCGCAUCCAGCCGCAAGGCAUUGAGACCCGGGCCGCGACAGACUUCAGCUGGAGAGAGUUCCUGCGGUGCUCAGGUGUGGAGUCAGAGGAGGUGGAGGGCCUGUGUGUGUUCCUGUUGGUGUGUGGGCUGCGUAGAGUGAAGGACCCGCUCUACCUCCUCAAGGCUUUCUCAGAGUGGCAUGCCAGCAGUCCUCAUGUGAUCUUCAUUAUCAUUGGACCAAAGAUGGAUCCGGUGUUCUCUGGUGAAGUGGAACAUAGGGUGCAGAGGUGAGAAUCUACUGCUGUCACGUCCGUUAAAGUCGAGAAAUAGAAAAUGAAAGGGAGCUUACAGGGCUUAUGUCACAACUGCGUACUACCGCCAGAUAUCAACUCUGCUGCUGUUCUGGAGGAACUGCAUCGUCUUUGGAGAAACGGAGCAUGGAACGGAAGCAUGGAACGGAAGCAUGACCGGAAGCUA